CACACACACACACACACUUGCAACCGAGGGAGGAGAUGGGAAGCUGUGUGCUGUUGCAUUUUGUCUCCCAUUAAUAUCUCCUUUCAUCUCAUUUUAGUGGCACUGGAUCGGAGCACCCGUAAGAGCAGACAGUUUGUAGUGUGAAUUCAGCAAAUAUCGAUCCUUUACUGGAUAAAAGGAAAGCCAAAUGGUUCGACAGCGGGCAUCGCUGAUUCCUCUGCGCGCUGUACAAGCACUGGCUAAGUAGUUCUAGCCGACUGCGCGCAACGACGCACAAGCACACGUGUGCGCACCAGCGAUCGUCGUUGAAGUUCAGCACCUCUGACAGAACCCAGAGUCACUUGGAUACUGCUACAGUAACCAGUCUGUGCGCAACCACAUGCGUAGCGAGUCGAUUUGGAUUUAAAAGCCAACAAGUGGAAACUCGCGUGUGUCGCUUUGCUGUAGAUGUCUGAUCCGCGCUCAUACGGAUUUAAACAGUUCGAUUCGAUGUGACGCGCUAUAAUCAUACCCGGCGACAUAUGGUCUGUGGGGGUAUAUCUGAAACUAUCGACCCACCGCUUUUUCACGGCGCGUCCUCGGUGGCGCUGGAGCAGACAGAGCUGGGGACGCUGAGGAAUGCGGAGCCGAGAUUUUGUCUUCUUCAGUUCACCUGCGGAACUCUUCGCAGCUCACACCAAAAAGACCAACGCUGUCGGUGAGCUCGCAAGGCGCCAUGCUGAGACAGAUCCUCCUCAACUCCACCGACACCCCAGACUUUGACCUGGUGCUCGUGGCACAAUCCACCACACACGCCCCCUCCUCCCUGAAUGCCUCCCACGGUGGCUCUGUAAGCGUGGCUGCACUCCUGAGACCCACCACGGGAAGAGGGGGAGGAGGACUCCGGGAGGGCGAGCUCCACAAACCGGACCUGAUCACAUACAUAGUCAUGUGCCUGCUGCUUUUCCUGUUGGUGCUGCUUAUUGUGUUCUUCAUCAACUGUCAGCUCCGGAACUCUUUCUUCGCCUCCAUGCCAUAUGACAGAUCACUGAGAGAGGCUCGGACCUCCUACAAGUAGGCCAGAUCCCAAAGGUCCAAUUUCUUGGAUUACUGGUAUUUAGAGAGACUCGUGUCAGGGGGGUUAAGGACGACCCCUGAACUGCUGCUGCUGCACAUACAGUAUUGGACAAAUGAAGUUGUUGCCUUUGUUAGCUGUCUUGGACAACCUAAGGCCUCAGUAACCUGGAAUCUGUUCAGUCAAAUACUUGUUUAUGUUAUAUGAUGCCAUGUCUUUAGUUAUAAUACUCAUGAUACCAAAUCAAAAAGAUGGCAAAGAGGAGUGCAGGUCUACGGCUGGUGGAAGGAUAAGUGGCCAGUCAUUCCUGUUCUAAUUAGAGACCCACAGCCUUGUAUUUACUGAUAAAUAAUUGCUGAAACCUUCUUGUACACAAAGCGUAAUCAAUACUAUUCCUUUACAGCUAUGCUCCCAAGCUUGCGUUACCUCAUUUUAUUGGCUUCACAUUUUGGCACUGACUAUGUGGAAGUGAACCUCUCUCUUUCUCUCCCCAUCUCUCUCUCUUGAUUUGAUUUGUCUAAUUAAAAUAUGUUUCACUUUGCCAACAUAGAAAUGAUCUAUACAGUAGUCUGUAUGUGAAAUACUUUGUAAGACUGUAACUUAACUGUCUUGUCUUGUGAAACGAAACAGUCACCAGACGAUUUCCAACCUUUUGUCCAUUGUAAAAUUAUCAAAUGCCAGAUCGUUGACCUAUAUCGUCGCAUAAAGAUAUUCAAAUGUAUUCUGAAGUGGCAAUAUUCUCGUCUGUACGCCUGUAAAUGAAUAGCAAAGCUGAAAACGAUGCUGCAGCGGCCGAUGUGAAGGGCCAACUGUUUAUCAUCCAAAGCGUCCGUAGAGGGGCUUUUACGAGUGCCACAGGGCUGCUAUUCUUAUCGUGCACCUUCACUUUUAAUUAACCUUUCUCUCGCAAUUUAUAGCCCUAAUAUUCUGAAGAAUGAAGACUCGAGGCUGAAAAGUAUGGCGAGUCCUUUGCGAUAAACCAAACGGUUGUCUGCUUCAGUGCCACUGGUAAUGCGCAAAUCCUCACCAAUCCUGUUGUUGGAAAACAUCUCUCACAUACCAGGACAGCUAAAACGAGCCUAUCUCUGUAAUCCUGUGCCCGCGCGCGUGUGAGUGCGGGACUUGUGCGCGUGUAAUGUGCGCGUAGGUUUGUGCAAGUGCUGAAGUGUUGGGCUUUAUAUCUCAAAAUAACCUAAGCCAGGGAAACUUAAAUGUUUAUCUUUAGGAUAUUCAGUCAGUGUUUACUGAAUGCUUCGUUUGAGAUGUGAAACUGCGCUGGAGAGCUAAACGUGGUGACUAUUUUUGUCUGUGGUGCAGCCCUGAAAUCACACCAUGUAAGUGGGAGACAGAAGGCCAAAUUUGCUCAGCGUUGUGCUUAUUUGGAAGGUUCUGUGAAAAGAAAAGAAAAGAAAAAAAGAGUAGGGCAAUUAUUUAGCACACUCAGAAAAUUCCUUAUGCAGUCAUUCACUGCACAUGCAUUGUGUAUCCAUUUUCUAAUCAUUGCCCUGUGCCAAUUGCAUUUGUGUAUGAAAAGAAAUAAAAAAUAAAAAACAGUACAGAGCA